UAGUACGCGGGUUUGUAAGGUGUCUCGGCCGGGUUGUCCUUAUUUCGCACGUGCCUGUUCUGCGAUGCUUCCCCUUCUGCGCUCCGUGCCCCGCGCCCUGGGCGCCGCUGCCUCGGGCCUCCGCGCCGCCGUCCCGGCCUCGCCGCUCCGACAGCUGCUGCAGCCCGCGCCCCGGCCGUGCCUCCGGCCCUUCGGGUUGCUCAGCGUACGAGCGGGCUCCGCGCGGCGCUCCGGCCUCCUGCAGACCCCGGCGCCCUGCUCGUGCGGCUGUGGAGCUCUGCACACCGAGGGAGACAAAGCCUUUGUUGAAUUCUUGACGGAUGAAAUUAAGGAAGAGAAGAAAAUCCAGAAGCAUAAAUCCCUUCCCAAGAUGUCUGGAGAUUGGGAGCUGGAAGUGAACGGGACAGAGGCUAAAUUGUUGCGCAAACUUGCUGGAGAAAAGAUCACUGUCACCUUCAACAUCAACAACAGCAUCCCUCCAACAUUUGACCACGGUGAGGAGGAGCCCUCAGAAGGACAGAAGGCUGAAGAACAGGAGCCGGAACUGACAUCAACUCCCAAUUUUGUGGUUGAAGUUACCAAGAGUGACGGCAAGAAGACCCUUGUACUGGACUGUCACUAUCCUGAGGAUGAGAUCGGACAAGAGGAGACCGAGAGUGAUAUUUUCUCUAUCAAGGAAGUUAGCUUUCAGGCCACCGGUGACUCUGAAUGGAGGAAUACUAACUACACACUCAACACAGAUUCCCUGGACUGGGCCUUGUAUGACCACCUGAUGGAUUUCCUUGAGGACCGAGGGAUUGACAACACUUUUGCGGAUGAGUUGGUGGAGCUCAGUACAGCCCUAGAGCACCAAGAAUAUAUCACCUUUCUCGAGGACCUCAAAAGUUUUGUCAAGAGCCAGUAGAGCUGUCAGAAACCAAGGGCUUUAAUUUAAAUGGCAAGCUUUGGCCAGUGAACAAAGCUACCUUGACAUCAGAAUCAUGCUUUGAAAUGGCUGUCAUUCUAAUAUCAUGGGAGGAAAAAAGCAAGUUUAAAUUAUUUCUGUUAAUGCUUCCAUUUACUAUUCACUUGGAUAUUUUUCUCCUGUACAAAUCUAUUAUUUGUAGGUUUUUGUAUAACAUAAUGAUGGACAAUAAAAUUUUAUCUCCUCCAAGGAAA